AUGUGGGUGGAGAUUACUUUAGUAGCAUGCGUUUUUAUCCAUUAUAAGGUUAACCCGUUCAGGGAUCGUAUUGUGACAGUCUUUUCAUCCGGAGGAGACGGAAGUUUGACGUUUGAGGACUUCCUGGAUAUGAUGUCGGUCUUCAGCGUGAAAUCUCCGAGAGAAGUGAAGGCAGAAUACGCCUUCCGGAUAUACGAUUUCGACGAAGACGAUUACAUUGGGUAUGAAGACAUUAAGGAACUAGUAAAUAGACAGACAGGGGAGGAAACUCUAACAGCCAUGGACUUGGAACGGCUUAUUGAUAACAUUUAUGAUGAAUCAGACAUCGACGAGAACGGUACAAUUUCCUAUCCUGAAUUUGAAAACAUUGUUGAAAACUGUCCAGAAUUGAUUCACAGGUUUCGAUUUCGCCUUUGAAAGAGAUUUUACACACACUGCUGCUUCGUGAUUACAGACAAAUAUAUUUAGCGUAAUCAUAGAUUCAUCCUCUAUUGCUGGUUUACAAUGAAUCUUUGUAAAUUCUGAUUUUCCAUAGUGUUUAUUAUAUAU